ACACCUUCAACGGCUCAUUUUUGCCUCACUUGACACGGGGGAUGCGUUUCGAUUCACGAAAAGGUGUCAUCAGCCCAAGAUUUCAGUCGUUUUUUGCAGCUUGCAGUUCCGCAAUUUCGCCGUUUUCGCGCAUAGGUUUCGAGGCUCCUCCGCUCCAACUCGAAGAUGACUGGGGUUUUUGAGAACUUAAAUACUGAUAUGCAUUCCAACCAGAUUACCUCAAGCAGUUACCACAGCUUGCACAAGUCGCAGGAGUCCCCAACUCUGCCUGUGUCCACGGCGACGGACAGCAGCUACUACAACAGCCAACAGCCGGGCCAUUGCGCUGGCUCUCCUUUCAGCCAGCUCGGUUCUUACCAGUACCACGGCAGCGCCACGAGCACUCUGCCAUAUAACGCAAAGGCUUAUGACCUCGGGUUUAACUCAUCUUACAGUGCAUACAGCUCCUAUGGCUCCAACCCCUCUCCUACUCCUGCAGAAACAGAAAAAGAGGAGAGCGAGCCAGAAAUCCGGAUGGUUAAUGGAAAACCAAAGAAGGUCAGGAAACCUCGAACCAUUUAUUCCAGCUUUCAACUGGCAGCACUUCAACGGAGGUUUCAAAAGACGCAGUAUUUGGCUCUACCAGAACGGGCCGAGCUGGCAGCCUCACUGGGCCUUACUCAAACACAGGUUAAAAUCUGGUUCCAAAACCGCCGCUCCAAGUUCAAGAAGUUGUGGAAAAGUGGAGAAAUCCCCCCAGAGCAACAUGUUGCUUCCAGUGAAUCUCCCCCCUGCACUUCUCCGCCAACUACUGCCUGGGACUUUCCACAGACUCAAAGAAUGAACAGUGUCAACUCCAGUUUACCUCAGAGCAGCAGCCCUCCCAACACGACUGCGCCUUCAUCGUUUUUGGCAAACUAUUCCUGGUACUCAGCCACGAACUCUACUACGCAUCUGCAGCCUCCUCUGGUCCAGCACCACCACAACUCCGCCAUAAGCGCUGGGACGAUAUUCUGAAACAAAAACAACAUCGGGUUUAAAUCGGACAAUACUGGUGAAAAAUGAAAAAUGCCAAUACCUUUAUUUAGCAGACCUCGUUUGUGCGCAAUGCGAACUUUACGCGCAAAAAAUAUAGCCUAGAAGUUAAUGGAACCAGACAGGUUCAUGGACCUUGCCAGUUUUCGCAAAUGGUAGACACAGAUUUCUACAGUUAUUUUUGUAUUUAUUUAUUUUGUUUAUGUCGAGGAGUGAAUGAACCACUAUUACCCAAAGCAAUCACAGCCUGGGCGCAAGCCUACUUUUACGCGGAUGUCACUUUUUUGCCAUUUUCAGAGAAUCAAACACAUUCAUCACGGGACAACCUGUCACUAAUGUAGCACAAGUUAACUGUAUCGUGCCUUUUUCAAUAUGACCUCAUUUUGUUGUACGGAAAAUAGCUUAUUUUUAUCCAUUCCAUUCCAUGUCAUUAGCUGAGUUGAAUAAAGUGGGGGACGUGUGUCUGACUCAAUCCACGUUUGUAAAUAUUUUAUCACAGCUUUUGUUUGAUAGCCCAUGUUGCUUUGGCUUAUUUUUAGGCUAUUGGUGCAAAUUCAUAAUUAUCCACCAUGAG